AUGCAGCGGCGCAUGGUGGCGAAAUUUGAUGCCGAAGGCGCUUCAAUGGUGCCAUUCCAACAAUGCAUCGAGCAGGAGAUACAGAUCCUGGAGAGGAUACAUCACCCGCAGAUUGUGGAACUUCAAGAGGUCAUCAACGACCCCAAGGACGAUAACUUGUAUUUGAUCUUUGAGGGCUUGCCUGGAUGCCAACUAAUGGAUUGGAGUGAAAGGAGCUGCACGUAUUCGGCCAGACCAUCAGUCCGCAGGUUUGGGAGUGCUGUCGUUGACAGCCGGCGGGACACUGUUGGCGCUGCGAGCACUCUGGUCUUUCGGGAGGUGCUGGCGAAGCACUUUGCGCAGCAGCUGGCGGAGGGCAUUUGCUACAUGCACUCACUAGGUGUGAUCCACAAAGACCUGAAACCCGAUAACUUGGACGCCUGGCUCAUCCUGGCUCCGCACGCGGAGGAAGAAGAAGGGCGUAAAGCUAGGAAGCUUCCUUCGAGUCCUCGAGUCUUCGAUCUUGCUCCCGUGAACUGUGAAGAUCUUGUGGUGAAAAUCGCCGACUUCAAUUGUGCAGAAGAAUGUCAAGAACCCGACUUCCUGAUCUAUGACGCACAAGGCACCCAAAGCUUUACGCCGCCCGAGUGCUUCAAGAAGGACGAGGAGGGCGUGAACAUCAAGGGCAAGCCCCGGGACAUGUGGUCCUUAGGUUGCGUCUUGUUCGUUCUGGUCUAUGGUCGCUGCCCCUUCUCGGCGGAAAGCAACCUUCUCCUGCAGCUGGACAUCAUGCAGUGCGAGCCGCCGGGCGCAGAAGAUGGAGGAACCCCCCAAGUGAACCCGAGCAAAGCUUGUGCCCAAAGCGGGCCCCAAAUAACGCACUGA